GGUCCUGCAUGACCUGGACAGAGCUGAGGACCACUAGUUGCAUAUCCAUAAUAAUGAUUUCCCUGACCUGUUCCUCUAAACUGGCCUCCCUGAGAAAACUACUAAGCUACAGCUUCCCGGAAUCACUAAAGGUUUAUGGAGCACUGCAUCAUGUGUGUAACAAAAAUCAGUUCAGGCUCCAGGUUCUGGUAGACCGAUGGCCAGACUUCACUUCUGUCAUUUGUCGCCCCGCGCUGGAGGAGAUGAAAGACCCAUUAGAUCAUUACACCAACACGUACUUUGUGUUUAGUAAAGACCCAGAGAGCCUUAGGCACAUGCUGGAAGAGCCGCAGACUGUGAACUGGAGUCAGAAGUUUCAGAUACAAGGUUGCCAGACGGCACUGGGAGAAGUAUUUCAUUCAGUUCUCUCCAAGCACGGAGGGCAUAUGAUGACUGUGAGUAACGUGUUAUACAUUAGAGACAGGAAGAUAAAUGCAGAUGAAGUGGAAGCACUCAGCAAUACAAGAACAAGUGACCUGCAGUUCUCUCCACUGAACCCAGAUGAAGCACCCCUUGUAAGUGCACAGUGGCUAUUUGGUGGUAAUGAACUAAGCGAGAAUUAUAUCAGGCGAUGUAUCCAGAUGUUUCCCAACUUGUGCGCCAGAAAACCUGGAGUAUCGCGGCCUAUAGCCUGGGUACUGAGUGAGCAGUCAGCAGAAAUACGCAUGGGGUACACUGAGAGUCCUUACCGUAGUCAGAGACUAUUUGCGAACAUAGCAACAAGACUGUUAACUAUACAGCAGUCGAGAGGGACCCCAAUCUACUGCCAUGUGGCAUCCGACAACAAGAAGAGUCAAUCAGCAACUAUGGCAGUUGGAUUUAUCCCAGUGGGAAGAUGGCAACAGUGGAGCUUUCAGCCCAGCUAAUAAAAUACUCCAUCCAUUCCAUGUAUAUUCACUGAAAAAUUGCUAGACUAUAAAAUGUGAACAUUUUCUUAAGCAGCCAUAUUUGUUAACACUGUACUCCUGGUCAAAUGCCUGCUACUCUGCUUUCUAUCA